AUGGCUGAUGAUAUUGUCUUCGAAUUACUUCAUUCAGAAAUAAUUAACUAUGCUUUAGAGCAAACAAAGGAUAAUGAUAAUGAAAAGAAGGAGGUGGAUCUAUCUGUAGUGGAAUAUAUCGGAUUUGCGGCUGGUUACAAGAUAAUGGAAAGAUUAACUAGAGAGUGGCCUAGAUUUAAGGAUGAAUUAGACACCAUGAAAUUCAUUUGUACUGACUUUUGGACUUGUAUCUACAAGAAACAAAUUGAUAAUUUGCGCACAAACCAUCAAGGUGUUUAUGUUCUACAAGAUAAUGCAUUCCGAUUUCUUACUAACUUCUCAAAUGGACAUCAGUAUUUAGAAUUUGCACCCAGAUAUGUUGCUUAUACCUGUGGCCUAAUAAGGGGAGGCCUAGCAAACCUAUGCAUUAAUAGUGUUGUUACAGCUGAGGUGCAAUCCAUGCCGUCAUGUAAAUUUCAUAUACAUGUUCAAAGGACAUAA